UGAAGUCUGUGCCAGACUCUCGGAGUCACAGCUUGCCUCAAGUUAUUUGUCAGAUGCGUAUUGGAUCUGGCUCCAGCAGAUUGAAAACAAAGGGGACUAAAAGUACAGAAAGAAUACACAGCUACAGGAUUCGUGGGGAGAGGACAAGGGUGUUUUAAACUGCUUUUUACAAUUUAGCAAAUGUACUCUUGGGUAAAUAUCAAGAAGAAGAAAGGAUUUUCUCUUCCCUCCCUUCCCAGUGUGAGAAAGCCUCUCUCGUGCCCUUCCUUAAUGAAACAGAGCAGUCGAUGCCUCUAACUCUUCCAUCUAAUCCCAUUAAUGCAGCCUGUGGGGAUUCUGGUUGUGGGAUAACGUAGGGGCAGUUCGCAGACCUCAAGUGAAACGGGUAAUAUUUUUCAGUCAGGCUUUUCACUGCUCCGUCAGAAUGUGUGAGAACCAGCUCAAAACCAAAGCUGACGCCACUGCACAAAUUGAAGUGAUACCAUGCAAAAUUUGUGGCGAUAAAUCCUCUGGGAUCCACUACGGAGUCAUCACAUGUGAAGGCUGCAAGGGAUUCUUCAGGAGGAGCCAGCAGAACAAUGCCUCUUACUCCUGCCCAAGGCAGAGAAACUGUUUGAUUGACAGGACCAACAGGAACCGCUGCCAGCACUGCCGGCUGCAGAAGUGUCUUGCCCUAGGAAUGUCCAGAGAUGCUGUAAAGUUCGGGAGGAUGUCCAAGAAGCAGCGGGACAGCCUGUAUGCUGAGGUGCAGAAGCACCAGCAGCGGCUGCAGGAGCAGCGGCAGCAGCAGAGCGGAGAGGCAGAGGCCCUGGCCAGGGUGUACAGCAGCAGCAUCAGUAAUGGCCUCAGCAACCUGAACACCGAGACCGGCGGCACCUACGCCAACGGGCACGUCAUUGACUUGCCGAAAUCCGAGGGAUAUUACAACAUAGAUUCUGGUCAGCCAUCUCCCGAUCAGUCAGGACUGGACAUGACUGGAAUCAAACAGAUAAAGCAAGAACCUAUCUAUGACCUCACAUCCGUACCCAACUUGUUUACCUAUAGCUCUUUCAACAAUGGGCAGUUAGCUCCGGGGAUAACCAUGACUGAGAUCGAUCGAAUUGCACAGAACAUCAUUAAGUCCCAUCUGGAGACAUGUCAGUACACAAUGGAAGAGCUACAUCAGCUGGCAUGGCAGACCCACACCUAUGAGGAAAUAAAAGCGUAUCAAAGCAAGUCCAGGGAGGCUCUGUGGCAGCAGUGUGCCAUCCAGAUCACCCACGCCAUCCAGUACGUGGUGGAGUUCGCAAAGAGGAUAACGGGCUUCAUGGAGUUGUGUCAGAAUGACCAGAUUUUACUUCUGAAGUCAGGUUGCUUGGAAGUGGUUUUAGUGAGAAUGUGCCGUGCCUUCAACCCACUAAACAACACUGUUCUGUUUGAAGGAAAAUAUGGAGGAAUGCAAAUGUUCAAAGCCUUAGGUUCUGAUGACCUGGUGAACGAAGCAUUUGACUUUGCAAAGAAUCUGUGUUCCUUGCAGCUGACUGAGGAGGAGAUUGCUUUGUUCUCCUCUGCUGUUCUGAUAUCCCCAGACCGAGCCUGGCUGAUAGAACCAAGAAAAGUCCAGAAACUUCAGGAAAAAAUCUAUUUUGCACUUCAACAUGUGAUUCAGAAGAAUCACCUGGAUGAUGAGACCCUGGCAAAGUUAAUAGCCAAGAUACCAACUAUCACGGCAGUCUGCAACUUGCAUGGGGAGAAGCUGCAGGUCUUUAAGCAAUCUCAUCCAGACAUAGUGAAUACACUGUUUCCUCCAUUGUACAAGGAGCUCUUUAAUCCUGACUGUGCUGCGGUCUGCAAAUGAAGGGGAUGAGAACUCUCAGAGUCAUGGAAUGCAUCGCCGUUAAGACAAAAGCAAUGUGUUCAUGGAGACUUAAGGAAAAUGUCACUACUGCAACAUUAGGAAUGUCCUGCACUUAAUAGAAUUAUUUUUCACCGCUACAGUUUGAAGAAUGUAAAUAUGCACCUGAGUGGGGCUCUUUGGUUUGUUUGUUUGUUUGUUUGUUUGUUUUUGAAAUGAUCAUAAAUAUACAAAUAUAGGACACUGGGUGUUAUCUUUUUUAAUUUUAUUCGGGUAUGUUUUGGAGACAACUGUUUAUAGAAUUUUACUGUAGAUAUAUACAAGAACAGAGCCGUACUUUACAUGAUUACUUUUCCUGUUGAUUGUUCAAAUAUAAUUUAAGAAAAUCCCCUUACUAAGCUUACCUAUUUCUAUGUUUUUAGAUAGUUGAUGCAUGUGGAAAUUUGUAACUGUCUUGGAAAGUACUGUGCAUGUAUGUAAUGAAUAUAUAAUAUGUAAGAGUAUUAUAUAUGACAAUUACGUAUUCAUGCACUGUGGCUUCAAAUACCAUGCCCACUGGCAAUGGAGGUUCAGUCAGGCUCUCUCAUGUGAUUUACUUUCUGUUAUAUGUUACUUUUAUGUUAGACAAUCAGGGUUUUCUUUUCCAGCCAGAGUUUCCAUCCAUCCCUAACAACAGGAUAGUACCCAUUCGGAAGCAAGUCUACAAAGGAAUCUGUGUAACAUAUAACUGCUUUCUAAAAGCUCCAUUUCUAUCAAUGACUUCAAAGCCCUAUCAAGAUUGCAUAUGGAGGUGGGGGCAAAAGGAUUUGAAGCCAUUUUCCUGUUUCACAAAUCAGACUGUAAACCAGACAAUAAUAUUUCCUAUUUUUCACCAGAAUACAAAAUAUUAGGUUCCCCCCACCCCCGUUUGGAUUCAGAUUUCCAAUUGUGAAAGAUAUUUGACUUUGAUGCUUAUUAUUUCUUUAACAAAAAAGGAAAAAAUCAGUCUAUAGAUUAUGUCUACCAUCAAUGUUUUUAGAAAUAUUUGACUAGAAGUAUAAAACAAGGUCCCAGUGCCAUUUUGGAUAGACAUUUUCUAAUCAUUUUUUUCCAAAGAACUGAAAGAAAUAGAACAUACAAAGUAAAGAAGUCAUUCAUUAAAUUCAAACUCAUUAUAAUUUGUUAGAAAACAGGCUAAUAGAAAGGAGAAAGCCAUCUAGAGCCUGGGGCCUCCAAUUUUUUCAGCUUCAAAAUGCUAUAUUAUAAAAAUAGAGCAAAAAUCCAAAAGAUUAGAAAAAAAUAAAUGUUUUGUCUAUGAGACUGAUGUAUCCCAAAGCCAAAAAUCUUUCCUAUACAGAUUUAAAAGACAUCCUCUAUCCAUAUUGGUCAUUUUGUAACCACUUAAAAGAACAGAAUGUAAGGGUGACCUAUACAGGCUCUUCACCCUAAUUCCUAUGAAAUUAAGCACCAGAAAAGCAUGAGCUUGGGGCCAGUUGUUCUUCGGGUUUCUGUAAGGCCUAGGCCUUUAGUCUGAUGUAGUCCAAACUAAGAUUUUCAAAGAGGCAGCUAGGGGACACAUUUGUGUAUAAGAUAUCAAAAGCUAUAUUGUACUAAGUGUAGCAUAGCCCCUAGCUUAUAAAAACCUGCCCUUUUCUCCUUACACACACAAACACACACACACACACACACACACACACACACACACACACACACACACACAUCUGUAAAUCUCCAUUAAUAGAAACUUUGGGUUUUUUUGUUUGUUUGUUUGCUUGUUUGUUUUAAAUCUCUUACAUUCUCCUGAAGUUCUUGGUUGAGAGUCAUCUCCGAAAUGCCCCAGAACUCUGGUGGAUGAUCAAAACAGUCCUGUUAGUCUUUCCUUUCAGAAAACGGGCUUUUCUCACCUCAUGAUUGAUGAAUUCCAAGCCAUUGGGGGAAAACAAAAAGGCUUUAAAAUAAUGAAUCUCUUUUUCAACCACUGUUAUAUUCAAUUAAUUUAACUACAUUGAACCAAAUUACCUUUGGUUCUGAGAAGACAGCUGUAGACUGCUUAUUAUGCUGCUACAGGGACUCGGUUCUUUUUGGUCUAAAUGUCACUCCUGCUAGCUCUUUGUAUAAAGAAUUAAUUCCAAGAGUCAUAUUUCCUUCUAAUGGAAAGAUACUUUUCUGAUUGCUAGGAAAACAGGGUAAUGGAAGGCACUCAAUUAAACCAAGCUGCUUCCAAAUGCGAUGUAUGUUUUAUGAUUGGCUUGCGAUAGGCAAUGCUUACUGUGCCUACUUGGCGGUCCCCUUUGAGCUUUGAACUCUUGUCAAACUUUGUUUUCAUUGUUCUGUUGGCUCAGUGUUUCCCAUUGUCAGCCUGUAAAUCCUGCUCUGCUGCAAAGGGAAUUGUUGGUUGCCUCCAGUUUACCUUAGAGGAUUUGCUGAGAAUUUUCUCCUCCUUUGCUCCACAGGUGGUGUAGGAAAAAGAUUGUUCCCCACACUUGCCUGGGUAGGGGGCAUUGGUUUUGAAAUUGUGUCAUUUCCACUAGUGCUGGCAUCUCACUGGGACAGUGUGAACCUUUUGAAGCAAAAGGACAAGAGUCAGCUAGGAACUGGAAUCAGAACCAUACAGUGGUGACCAGUACAGGCACAGCCCACUUUCCAGCCAGAGGAGAGAGCUCCAGUUUUGGCUGCAGUUGCCAACUUUUCCCUUAAAAGAGAAUCAUGUCAUGUUUUUAAUGGUUAAGAAAGCCUUUAAACACUGCCCUUUGAACAUCUCAGUGACUACAGGAAAUUUCAGUAGGAAAAAAAAAAAACCUCCCUUUACCACACACAGUCGCAGCAUGCUGUUCCUUCUCCUGAGAACUGGCCAAUGUGCAAAAUGUGGUAGGCUGAGGUUUGCGCUGGAAGAAGGAUCUGGGGUCUGUAGUCUCCUCCAUGCCUCAAGGAUGACAAUCACUGCUGGAUGCAGAUGUUGCACUGAAUCUGCUCAGGGAUGCUUCAUUAACAAAAUAUUCAUCGAGAAGGGGGAAGGGAUAAAUAGAAAGAUGCCAAUGAAACCUAAGUGGCAGAAGUUGAACAUGCCAGAGAGAGACCCUCUCUAACAGGCCUCAGACCAGGCACAGUGGCUUCGUCGCAGAAAAUGAAGGAACUGCUUUUCUUCUUGGGACCUGCCUAAAAGUUCUACACAAGUAAACACAUUAGUUUCAUUCUGUAAAAUGAGCAAAGAACAAAACAACCAGGCUGCCACACAUCUCCCAGUUAAUCCAGGCUUCCUGUGUAAGUUGUUAGCAAAAGAAAUACAGGGAUGGAACUGUCAGUGGACAGAGCUGACAGCCUGUGUGAAUGACAGCUCCAGUGCAUCUGUACUCUGGAGAAAGAAAGACGAAGUUUGGAAGGAAAGUGAGGGAUUUCAAAUCUGGGUUGACAGUUAUGAACGGCCAUGCUGUCUGUGACUUGGCCUAUCUUGGUGUCAGUUUUUCUGGGGCUCUUUUGUUCCCAGAUUAAACGUUGAAGGUCAGGAGAUACUUUCCAAGCGCACUUUCUGCAUUUUCUUUUUCUUAAUACUUUCUUCAGGGCUCUGAGCUAAAGUACCUCUAAGCAAAAAGCAGAGACUACUGCGGUCUUCAGUGAUUCUAUUCCUCUGGCAGUAGCUGGGAGACUCUAGAUUGUACCCCACUGGAUGUUAACAAGAGGCAACAAGGGACAUCAGGGCAUUUCCAUCAAGGCUGCCUUCUUGAGCAGGUUACUUCCCAGCAGUCAGGCUGAACUAUUUGGAGGAAGCCUUGAAGAUUCAUAGCCAGCUCCCACUGCCUCACUAUAACGCUGUGCAUAAGAGCCUCAAAUGCUGAAAUAACUCUUAGGGCCCGUGGACAGCCGAAAAUGUUUGUUUUGUUGUUUGUUUGUUUUUGUUUUCUUCCUUUUUUUUUUUUUCCAAAAACACCAGAAGCAAGUAAUGUCAGCGCCAUUCCACACUCUUAGUUUCUCCUUAUUCCAGAAGAAGGACAUUUUUGGCUGCUGUCCAAAUCAUUUUCCCUGGCUCUUUUUUUUUUUCCUGUAUUAACUCUUGCUUCUAGUGAAAUUACCACAAAGGGCAGUAGGUUCAGGCAAGGAUGUCUCUGCUCUGACAAGCACCAAAUGGUAGAUAUAGCUUUUAUGUAUGCACCUGAGGGAAAUGUCUACAGAGUCCCCUUAUAAAGAGGAGGGAAAUGCCACCAAGAUAAAGUGCUAUUUGAUGCUCCAUUUGCAACUGCUGGCACAUCAUGCAUAGGCAGAAGAAAGGCCUGGUAUGGGGAGCCCUGGCGUCUUUUGGAAACAGGCUGAUAACCCUUUUUCUUUUUGAGGGGAGUAUGUUUCAGAACCAGAGGUGCCUGCCUGUUCAAAUCAACAGAUGAAAACUCAACUCCCCCCCCAAAAAAAAAUGGCAAGGAGUGUAUGUAAAUAGCCUUGCAGUUGUAGUAAGCGAGCAAGGAAAUGCCCUACCUACAAUAUGACAGCCAACAUUCAGCCGAGGUUGCAUGCUGACAGUGCUUCUGAGUUACGUAAGCUGUCUUGGGUUGUCAAUGAUGACAGUCAUCUCUGAGCAUAGUACAGACCAAACAAACACAUCUCUGAGCAGAAGAGGUCCACAGACUGCCAGCUUGCCGCCUCUAGUUGAUAUAAAAAAAUCACAUCUAGAGAGCCAGUCAGGCCAGAUUUGAUGGAGGGUGGUGUUGGAAUGAUGUGAGUACAGUGGGGAGAGGAGAGAUCUUGCCUGUCUCAUUCUCAAUUGAGUUUCCACAUUUACCCACCACUGCUCAAAGAUAGAGCAACAAGUGGCUCGAACCAAAUAGCAAUCGAAAGGAAGAGGCCAAUCAGUUGAAUGAUGGCUUACAAAAGCCACUCCCACGUGUUCUGCCGAGCUCCACUGUGGAAGAGCCGAAAGAACUAGAUUUCUUGUCUAUUUUUUUUUCCAGAAACUCAGAUGUAUAGAGCCUGUAUGUGUGUCCUUAAAUGUAUGGCUUCAAAAAUCUGUGACACUUUCUCACUUUCUCUUAGUUAUACAUUUCUGAGCAAUUUAUUCUGCCAUCCAGAUAGCCUUGCCCUCUUGUUCUGAAGUGCAGGUCACGGGUUCCUACACAGCAGGUAGGGCUGUCUGUCUGGCACUUUUUCCCCUGAAGCUGCUGAAAUUCCUCUGAGGUGAACUGGUCACAGCAACCGUUGCUUCCUGCAUGACCAAAGCACAACCUCCAGUGGAUCAGAGAGACCAGGCUAGUGGUUGUCUUCACAGCCAGAACUAAAGCACAAAGAUUACUGGAAUGAAAUAAAGCCCAACUCUGGGAAACACAGGUUGUCUGCACCCCUGUUGACAGCAUGAGGGUCACAUCACUUAUUCUCUGGCUGUGGCUAAUGGUGAACAGUCUCACGUCACCAGCACAGCUGUACAUAGACACUCAUGAGGAAUGUCUGAAAGCCACAAGCCCCACACCCAAGCACAGCACCGUUUGCUUCAUCCCAUUAACACACACCCAAGAAUGGAAACUACACCCACAUAAAACUGAGUAUGUAUUGUAGAAAU